ACUAGAAUUUUCAAUAGAAAAUUAACAAGAAAAAUGUAAAAAGGAUCAAAAAUAAUAAAAGAACGUAAAAAAAAGAACUGUGUCGACAAAAAUAUAUAAGGAUUAUAUAUAACCAGUUAAUACGUACUGUACACGAAGAUUUCUAUAGAUACACGAGAGAUAACAGAGCUGACUCAAUAUGAUCAUAAAUAGCAGACAUUCAAUGCAUCUAUUACUAUUACUAAUAGCCUUUACGAUGUGUCACGCAAAGCCGCAGUUUCUCAUCAGUCGUUUCGACGAGACGGCUCGAGAAAAGUUUUAUGACGACGUCUCGGAUUCAGCGCAAGAGGAAAGCAACGACAUUUCCGAGAAUCAUAAAAAUAAUCAUAUUUUGCCGCAAAUUUCGUUUCCACUACGUCCGUUGAACGUCACGACGGACAUUAAGGGGGAAUUUGGUGUGCAAAAGGCACGCAAUCGCACCAUUCAUUCGUUCUUGAAGCUGCCUUUUGCGAAUUUGGCGACGCCGCUGAUGAAACCGGAGCAAGUUGAGAUUAUUUCGCGCGACAAAAUGGAAUUGGGACCGAAUGUGCAGACCGAAAAUGAUGUUGUCGUGAUAAAACCCAAAGCGGCGAUUACUGAGAGAUCCAGUCCUCGAGGUAAGCGAGUUUUUCGUUUUCCAGACACGGAUCGCAUAAUUUUCCCCUCAGAUUUCGAAAACAUCGCAAACGGUUAUCAAGAAUUCCCCGGAAGACAGCCGGAAGUACAACAACAACCAACAAUGGAUGUUCGUUUCUCCGAAAGUCGGUUUGUGCCGCGCGGAUGUCGUGAUGGAAGUGUCGUGUGUUCCACGAAGGACGAUUAUCCGACGGAUCACAUUAACAAAGUUGUGGCAAAAAAUCGUGCGAGGCUCGUUGAAUUCUUCGGGGAUGAUAUUGUGCCGCAAGUGGUGCAGCGCGUAGAUUAUCCGGACGAAGAAACGUUAUGUCAUUCACGAGAAUUGGUUUUAUAUCCGACAAUGGGACAGACAAAGGACAAUAAAUGGGCUUAUAUUAUCAAUAACGGGAAUUUCUCGCAAGGUGUUCGGGUGGAGCAAUGCAUCAACGAAAACCGUCCAUGUGCCUACACCGAAAGCUUUCCGUACGGCUACACCACAGAAUGCAAGCAAAAAUUCAUCUACAGACACCUGUUGGCGUUAGACGAGAAUGGCGACACCGUGAAAAAUCUCUUCCGUUUACCGGCAUGCUGCAAGUGCAUCGUUCGCAGCAGUUACGGCGGCAACAUUUUUAGUCGGCAUGCCUCGCUAAAGCGUGGCGUUACCAAUCAUCCCGAUGUGGAGAUGGAAACGACAGAAACAACCACAAAAACAGCAACAACGACCACGAAAACGGAAUGAAAAAGCGGCUGAGCCAUUUUUUGAACGCCCCGAAAUCUCCCCGUAUUUUUAGGCGCCUUUUUUUAGAAGACUAAAACAAAAUGUGUAACAGGAUAAAAUGUGAUUUUUUAGCAUUUAGUAUUUUUUAAUUAAAAUUAAAAAUUAAAAUUAUUUAUAAAAAAAAAAAUAAAAAUUGUACAGCGGACUUUCU